AUGACUAAGCCAAGGUUGGCCAUCAUCACAGGAGCUGCCGGCGGGAUCGGUGAGGCCUCUGUGAGGCUCUUCGCUGUCCACGGUGCUGUCAUCGUCAUAGACAUCAAGGAUGAGCUCGUCGCUAGCAUCGCCACCUCGAUUGGCCCCAACAAGUGCCGCUACAAAUAUUGCGAUCUUCAUGACGAGCCGUUUGGACGAUGUGAGGUCACCAGUGACCCUACAGUUACAUGGAGCCGCAUCUGGCUCUCAAAGUCAGAGGAUGCUGAGACAUCCGGCUCUCUUCCACCAGCUACUGAAGAGGACGUACAGGAGCAGGACGAGGAUAAGGGGGAUGAUAAGGAGGAUCUUAUGUGA